AUGCCUCCGCUGCCUCAACCCCGCCGCCUCGUAGGCGUCUCGCUGAAAAUGUACUUUGACCUGCCCAGCACCCUCUCCUACAUCCGCGGCGUCCUGCAACUUGACGGCGACGCCUGGAACGCCCGCAUAGACCUCUUCGUCAUCCCUGACUUCGUCUCGCUCACCGAGAGCGCCCGCAUCCUCGAGCCUUCCUCCAUCAUCCUCGGCGCCCAAGACACCUUCUGGGAAGACAAGGGUGCAUACACAGGCGAGGUCAGCCCACUGGUGCUACGGCAAGCUGGCGCGCGGAUCGUCGAGAUUGGACAUGCGGAGCGUAGAGCAAAGUUUGGCGAGACGGAUGAAUGGGUGGCGAAGAAGGCAGGUGCUGCGGCGAGGAAUGGGUUGAUUCCGCUGGUGUGCAUUGGGGAGAGGACACAUCACAGUGUUGCUUCGGCGGCCGUGGGUGCCGCCAUUCAAGAGUGCAUACCGCAAGUCAAGUCGGUGCUGGCGGCUGUGCCUGACGACACCGAGGUCAUACUGGCCUAUGAGCCUGUGUGGGCUAUUGGUGCGAAGGAGCCAGCAGAUCCAGAUCACGUUGUCAAUGUUACAAAGGAGCUGAGGAAGCUGGCUGCUGGACGAAAAGGUGUGACAAGAAUAGUUUAUGGUGGGAGUGCUGGGCCGGGCACCUUCGCAAAGAUUUCCGAUGGCGUAGAUGGCCUGUUCCUGGGUCGGUUUGCUCAUGAUAUCCACAACCUGAAGAAAGUCAUUGAAGAAGUCGGCGCAGCUUGA